GUUCAGGUGAUUUAAUGUGGACUAUAAUUAUACUCAUAUGUUCAACUUUGUGUCUCCACCAUAGACUGAAAGAUGACUGUAUAGAAGGACUCCGCAAACCACCUGACUUAUAGGAACUCAAAUGCAAAGAGGUUAUGAAAGCCCCUGAGCAUUUAACUACUAAUGAAUGCAGAGACUGAUGGACAUAUAUCUCUUCAUACAACUGCCUACAGUCCCAGAAUAUAUAUAUUUAUAGCAUGAUCCUGGAUCUUACAGCAUUAUUCUGAAAGCUAUGGACAUAGACUUGCUGGAGUUCCCAUUAUAGGCAAAUUGAUAUUCUGAAUGCAAGAAUUAAUAUAAAUUAAGACGUUAAUAACCCAGUACUCCUGGAGCUGAUUUUAGUGAAGGCCUGCGCUGUGUAUUACAAGGCUUCCCCACAUGGCUGUUUGGAUCAAAUGGAGUUUUUGGAUACUGAUGCUGAAGACAUUCCCAUUGAUAGCAUGGGGGGAUGAGCAGGACCAUUCCCUGAAACAGGUCCUGUUUUGUCAGCCACAGUCCCCAUCCCCAGUUCUGUUGAAAAUGUUUGACGAAGAGCAGAUGUUCCAGUACAAUUUUGCAGAUAAAUCCGUUGUACCUCGUAUCCCAAACUUAAAGAAAUGGGCCAACCAGGAUGUUUUCUCCAAUUCUUCGGACCUGGCGUUUGAUAUACAGUUGUGCACAGAGGCCAUGCAAAACUUUACCCAAGCUGUUGUGAACAUUACACCAGAGACUAAAGGGAUAUUGGAUAUAAAAGUUUUUACAUUACAUCCACUUACCAUAGGGAAGCCAAACACUCUGGUUUGUUUUAUCAGUAAUAUAAUUCCUCCUGACCUGAACAUCACCUGGAGGAAGAAUGGCAUUUUGUUGACAGAAGGAAUCAGCUAUACAGGUUAUUUUGCCUUGAGCAAUAUCGAGUACCAGACCUUCUCCUACCUCAAUAUCACUCCGACGUAUACAGACAGCUAUACAUGUAAUGCUCAAGAGGGAAGCACUACAGCUGUUGCAUACUGGGUUUCAGAAUACCCGACCCCCUCUGAGAUACUGGAAAAUGUUCUCUGUUACUUGGCUAUUGCUAUUGGCAUUGUGUUCCUCUUUCUGGGGCUUCUGUUCCUCUUUUUGACUUGGAAACAACAUAGAAAUGGUUUUGUGGUUCAGGAGAUGAUAGACUGCUCCUUUGAAAAUAAUGAAACGGCAACAUUUCAUUAUAGUCUGACUUUCAACCGGAUGACUGUAGUGGCGUACGAUGCUACAAGGCAGAAAUUUACAUACUGUGAUCCAUAUCCGUGUAUUAAGCAGAUCUACAUGGUAGCCGCAGGCAUCGCCAAAAAACUGAAUAACAAGCCUGGCAUUGUUACCCGCAUGCAACAGGAAAAGAGUAAAUGCCAGGCACAAGUGAAGGAAUUCUGGGAAAAUACAAUGGAGAGGAGAGUUCAGCCCUCCAUGAAGGUCUUCCUGCCAGAUAUAGUUCAUGAGGGCUCCAUCCCUCAUCUUGUUUGCCAUGUGUGGGGGUUUUAUCCUGCUGACAUUGUGGUUUUAUGGCUACUUAAUGACACAAUUCUGGUCAAAAACUACACUAAUGCUGUCCCAGUGGGAGACUGGACUUACCAAAUAGUGGCCCUCCUUGAUAUGAGAGGUUCUCUGCCAGAAAACAAAUACACAUGUGUUGUGCAGCAUUCUAGCCUGCAGGAUCCCAUGACUGAGGAUUGGAGCUAUGGUUUGACCUCCAACCAAAUCAAGAAGAUAAGCAUCGCUACUGUGGUCUUCGUAUUAGGACUUGUUACCCUCAUAGCAGGAUUUGUGCUCUGGCGCAAUGCAAAGAAGAGUGGUUACAUCCCAAUUCCAGGAUACAAUGAAGGAAACUAAUGCUGUGCCAGGUCACAGAUGGACAAUAAACUGUACUUGAGUUGGGCUGUAACUGGCUCUGUGGCUGUACAAGGAAGAUGAACAUCAGUCUCAUGUGCCAAAAACUGCCUCAUUAAGAUAAUGUCAUAUUGUAUUUGUUGGGAGUGAUAAUCUCUCUGACAAAGAUUAAAGUUACAUAGUUACUGUAAAUUGGGUUGAAAAAAGACCAAAGUACAUCAAGUUUAACCCCUCCAAAUGAAACCCAUCAUCCAUACACACCCCCCUCCAUGUGGACCAAGCUCUCUCUAAUUUGAAUAUUUAAAUGGUGUAUUGUAGCUGUAUACAAUAAUCAUUUUGUUUCUGAUGCUUGUGUACAAAUUAAUGUGACCUCUGUUUUGCGAGCUUUGUAAUUGGUUGCUUGAGAAUCAAGCAAUUCAGUUUUGCAAUAACAAUAAAUGACAACCGUUUUAGACUGA